CGUUAAACAAAAACGGGCUUUCCCAUUAACGGUUGAUCUAAGAAUUUCGUAGAAAUUAUGUAUCUGUUACUUAGAAAACUGAAAUUUUCCAGAGCUAACAGAAAGCUUUCGUCGACGACAUUAUGCAGUUAGUGUUGAUACUGUAAGGAGGAAACAUCUGUUACUAUGGAAACAAUGAGACAGGUUCCGAACCAAUUUGAGGAGAAGGACCAGUUUUCUGACGUCGCUCUGGUGGUAGAGGGUCGGAAACUGUAUGUCAGCAAAACUUACCUGAUGAUACAUUCGCCAGUCUUUGCUAGAAUGUUUACAGGCGACUUCAGAGAGAAGGAUUUAGUGGAUAUCGAACUGCCUGGAAAGAAAUAUGAUGAAGUUCUUCAGCUUCUGAAACAGGUCUACCCUGGAGACUCGAUGGACUUCAUCAACAAUGAAAUCCUUGCGGCUCUUCUUCAGCUGGCUGACGAGUAUGACAUGCAGCAGGUCUUCUACAACUGUAAAGAGUACAUGAUGAAACAAAUUGACCACGGGUCAGAGUUAUUAGGGCUUCCAUUCAUGUCAACUGACGACAUUCUUUUUUAUCUCGGACUGGUCGAGCAGUACAAACGCUUGCAUCCUCUCAGACAAAAAUUAGUAACUAAAGCCAGUGGUAUAUCUGCUCAUGACAUGGAGAAAAGCAAGUACUUCACGUUUGUGCCAGCAACAGCAACAAGAGACGCAUUGCUGCAGCGCUUGAAGAUGAAAGAAACCGAACCGCUUCGGCCCAUCAGUCGAAAAAUUUCCAUUGGAUUCGAAAAGAAAUGACUUUAUCUUAUCUCCCUUUACCUUGUACUGUCUGUAUACUUAUUACUUACCAACCUUCCUUCCUGUCUGAUUUGUGUGUGUGUGUGUGUCUGACAUCUAGUUGUUUAAAACGACUUACUGCACAUUUUUGUAACUGCUUAAUGAAUGCGUAUCAAACUCA